AUUUGCUUUGUAUAUAUCUACCAAGCUUGAAUCGCCUUCCUCCCCCAACUCAGCGCUCUUCCUCAGCCUUUUCCUGCCCCUUCUUAGCAAAUUAGCAGCAAGAGUCGCCGCCUUUGGCUAUUCCUUUUGUUGUAAAUCAAUAGCAUUCAUGUCGGCUUAUUAUUACUCUGGGUGUUCAGAUCACUACGAGGCUCACUAUCUCGAUGCCUGCUCUCUUUGCCGCAAAUCGCUUCAUAAUUCCGAUAUUUUCAUGUACAGAGGGAACACACCGUUUUGCAGCAAAGAGUGUAGACAAGAACAGAUGGAGAUUGAUGAAGCAAGAGAAAAGAACUGGAAAUCUGGUAGAUCUCUUAGAAAAUCAGAUGCCAAGAACUCUGCUUCUAAUAAAACUGUACGGACGGGCACAGUUGCUGUGGCCUAAUCACAUCUUUGCUUUUGUAGUAGAGUGACGAUAUAUCAAUUUUCGAGGGACUUUUGAAAUUUGCCGUUUUUUAAUUUUUGUUUUUUGGGGGAUUGACGGUUGCGGCGUGUGGAUGUUUAUAAAGGAUGGAUCAUCGGAUUGUGCAGUUUUCAUCAAUGAAAAAUGUUCAAAGAUUUAGCAUUUUCUCGUAAUACUGAAAUUCCGAGGCAAUGAAGUUUCAAAGAGACUUCUUUUGGUAUCUCUGUCUGUUUUCUUUUCUAAGCAAAUUCACAAAAUUAUUAAAAAAAUAUAUAUAAAAGACAAUAAUUUCCCCUAAAUAAGGAGUCCAGGGACCAGGGUUAGAACCUGAAAGCACUCGUUUUGUCCGAUUGAAGGGACCCUCGCAUUCCACUUGCUGAAUCAUCAAUUUCGAUUUUGUCAUGUUGUUUUUGGAGGAACCUUAACUCUAUAGAACAAAUGGAAAAGGAGUCGAGUAGGUAUGAAACCUGACACGGCAGAUCCGUGUUUGCCAUGGUUUUUGUAUGAGAAUGGUGCCAAGGAGGCUCAUGUCGCCACUGCCGUGUCUCCUGGUAAAUUUUGGUCAGGACUCAGGAGUCAACUCAUAAGCACGACCACCAAUCAAUUAUUUGCAUUAGCAAUCACUGACACUGCUAUUCGGCCCAACCAAAUUCAGCUCAUUCACAUCUUUUUCUUACCUUAAAAAAAAU